GAUCUUUCAAGUCAUUCUAAAUAUUCCAUCUUUCUAAACCUAGACUCGUGUCUAACCAAGCAAGUCAUCUAAGUCAUCCACCUCAUCCACCUAAACCCACUCAAUCCGCGCGAAUCCACACACAUUCGCGGAUCGCAUGGUCUUGGUCUUUGGGGUUUGCUUAAGUCUGUCGCAUUAAGUCUACGGAAACCUUGUUAGUGCAGUAGCGGAUAAAAGAGUACGGAUUGCGUUCCUGGCCUAUUCCCUUGCCCAUUCCCUUGCCCAUUUACGGACUUUUUGCUCUUUCGCAUUUUUUGGCCUCUUGACCGCUUUCUCGACGACACGUCUCCAAGACGCGGUGUGCCGUGUAAAGAAAACUUUUUUUUUCACCUUCCAACGUUCGUAUUUGGGUUAUCUGAUUCGGUGUUAUCCUCGGUCGGAGCUCAGACCAAGCAACCCAGGAAGUAAAAAUUUUUCAGAUCGCGAAUCUAUCUUAUUCUACGAUCUUGUUCCCUGCGAACUUCACCUUCACCGCUCUGUAUCGACGGGAAAUACUUGCAUUGGUUUCCGCUUUCCCCCAGCCUGCUAGGUUUUACGCAAGACAGAGAUCGUAAGAUCUAAAGAUCCAAACGACGGGAGACCCACGGUCCCAUCUGCUGUCUUGGCCAUGGCCGCAUCUGCUCCCGUUAAAGUCGUGUUACUAGACAUUGAGGGCACAGUUUGUCCAAUCUCUUUUGUCAAAGAUGUCCUGUUCCCCUAUGCGCUGAAGGCCCUCCCGAAGAUAUUGGAAGCCCAAUGGGAUAACCCAGAAUUUGCGAAGUACAAGAAUGCGUUCCCACCGGAGUAUUCUUCGUCUAAAGAGGCAUUGGAAACCCAUUUCGAAGUCCUUGUGAAGGCAGAUGUGAAAAUCGCCUACCUCAAAAGUCUACAGGGUUACCUAUGGCAGGAAGGCUAUGCUUCAGGUGACUUAAAGGCGCCCCUAUUUCCGGACGUACAUGGGAAACUAUCAGAAUGGCAAAAUAAGGGCCUCAAGAUUAUGAUCUAUUCGUCAGGAUCUGUCGCGGCACAGAAGCUGUUCUUCGGCCACACAGACGCCUCCCCGUCAGAUCUGACACCGCAGAUCUCAGACUGGUUCGACACUGUCAACGCCGGCCUCAAGACGGAAACAAACAGUUACAAGACGAUUGCUAGUAGACACCCCGACUUCCCACCAGAACAGUGGUUGUUCCUAAGUGACAACACCAAGGAAGUAGAUGCCGCCAUUGAGGCGGGCAUGCAAAGUGUGGUUGUCCAACGUCCAGGCAAUGCACCCCUCUCGCCUGAAGUGCCGCAGCGACUGCAAGUCAUAGAGACAUUCGACUCUCUAGACGAUGAUCUCAACGUCCGUGGAAAUUAAUUGGCCAGGGGCGAAAGAAGACAACGGUUGUCCUGAGGAGAACACUACUCUAUAUUGAGGCGCUUGCGACAGUUGAGAAAGUAAUGGAAGCAAAUAAGACCAAAGGGAAUGAAUCUAGUGUAACGGGACCAUACCGGCGAGCCAAUCUGAUCCCACUCUCCCGGCGGAGGGUGUCGAGGAGUCGCGAAUCGGCCGGCAUUCAAUUUCAAUGUGGGGGAGGGGAGUGAGAUCACGACUCAUAAGGUAGUCGGCGCGCUCCGAUCAUUACCUGGGUACCUAGGUAGAUAAAUCCAAAAGUUCCUUCCUUCAAGUGCAAAUGUUGU